UUCACCAGGAAACGCAGCUUCGUAUUUGGCCCAAAAGUUUGACACUGUCAAAGAUUACACAAGGGUUCAGCAGUGUUGGAAGUGUUUAUGUUUUUUUCAGCUAUCGGGAAAAAUAAAACCGGCUCUUCGGAAGUAACAACAAUUAAUUAAACACGUGCCGAAUGUCUGGAUUUGUAAAGCGUCGACGUGCUUUAAACAUAAAAGGUACGCGGCUAUCCGUGCACACGGGCCAGCCGAUAACUUCUUUAGGAAAUCCCUCACUGGAUCAUGUUUUUGGUGGCGGAUUUCCCAUCGGUUCAAUCAUUGGUAUCGGCGAAGACAAACAUGGAAGCUAUGCAAGGGUAUUAUCGAAAUACUUUCUCGCCGAAGGAAUCGUAAACAAACAUCCGCUGCUGCUUGGAACGAUGGAAGAAGAUCCAACGCAACUGAUCGAAAAAUUACCAACACCCAUUGAAGGUAAUGCAGCAUCGUCGGAAAGUAGCACCGACCAGGAACCAGAAACCAUGCGCAUCGCAUUUCGUUACAAUCAGCUAGCACCUGUAGAUUCUGAACAGAAAUCAUCCACAGCUCUUGGACACUAUUUCGAUCUUACAAAAACAAUAAGUUCCACCACGUUACUUGGACACGAUAUAACGCAUUGGAACGGAGAUGAAGUACUUGUAAAUGAUGGCGGGUUCGUGGGUUCGUUUAAAAAUCCACAAUAUGCAUCGCUAUUGUACUCCAUACAUCGGAAAGCAAGUGAGCAACAGUUUAAUUCCGCUUCGGACGAAACCUCAAAAAAUGUGUUACGAAUUUGUUUAAACUCAAUCGGUUCUCCAUCGUGGUAUGAUAGAAACUUUUCUGACGAUUUUCUACGAUUCAUCGUUUUACUAAAAGCAAUCGUACGGAACACACUGUCAGUUUGUUUGAUUACCGUACCAUUCCAUCUGUUUAACCACCUAGACGAUAUUCAACUGUGCAGGAAAGUGCGAAAUUUGUUUGACUUUUCUUUCGAACUGGAAGCAUUUGCCGGCCAGCAGGAAGAACAAACGAAUCCUGUCUUUAAAGAGUAUCACGGCUUGCUGAACAUCACUAAAAUAGCACCAUUUAAUAGCUUGGCACCCUUCCAUCCCAAAACGCGCGAUUUAGCGUUCAAGCUGAAACGGAGCAAGUUUGUGAUCGAAAAGUUACAUCUUCCGCCAGAUAUUGCAGAUGACGAUAGCGCCGCUAAACAUUCAGCGCCAACACUUGGUUGCGCUAGUAGUGGAAUGAAAAGCAAGUUGGAUUUUUAGCUGGAUCCUGAAGCAAUAUUGUUAACAAAUAUAAGAAAUUGUUCUUCUUCGAA